AUGGACGUGGAUUGCUACUCGCGCAGGCGCCUCGGGGCGGGUCCGGCGCGGUUGCCGGAAGCCGCCCCGGCCAUGCCGAGCCUCUCCGGGUUCCUGCGGGUGCGGGCGGCGCCGGUGCGGAGCGGCGGGGCCAUGCCCGGGAAGGGAAAAGCUGCCGCCAAGGGUCCCGCGGAGCCGGGUGCCGCCGCGGGUCCGGUGGUGGCGGCGGGCGGCGGCUCCGUGAGGGUGGCGGUGCGCGCCAAGCCCGGCGCCCGCUGCAGCGCCGUCACAGAUGUGACAACUGAGGCAGUAGGUGUAGCUAUUGCUGCACCUCCUUCAGAAGGGGAGGCAAAUGCAGAGCUGUGUCGAUACCUCUCUAAGGUGCUCGAAGUGAAGAAGAGUGACGUUACUUUAGAGAAGGGGGGUAAAUCACGUGACAAAGUGGUGAAGAUUUUGGUAUCAGCAACACCAGAUGAGAUUUUAGAAAAACUGAAAAAAGAAGCUUCCAGCUGACCUAAAACAAGAGCAGGAAAUAGGAAAAAGCAUCUCGGUAUAUGGACUGAUACUCUUUCUUACUUAAUGUAGUGCUGUUGAGAAUGUGGAUAAUGACUACAAGAAGAUACUUCUUCCCCCCUCACCCCCUUGCUAAUACAGGUGCUGUAUAAUUGAAGUUUUUCUGUGGGUUUGGUUAAAAAAACUGAAUCUAUGUAUCUGCUUCUGUCACUGCAGACUUCCUUCUGCUCUUGGAGAGUUUCCUGUGGGUAAGAUUUGUCCUUUUUCCUGGUCUCUAAACAAAUGGUUUAGGAAAUAUUUUUCAUAGUGAAGCAAAUAUUGAUUAACAAAGUGAGAGGUUUGGAGUGACAGCCUUCCGUGUAGGAAGUGGUACAAAAGGACAAAUCUGGAUGGCAGAGACAUAAAGGUGACUGUUCUCUCUGGUAUCUCACAGCAGGUACUGUGUGCAGCUUUUCACUGUGGGCACUUAGAGAUAUCUAAAAUAAAUGUUUUUGAAGCCAGUGUGCUGUUGUUGAUCACACUGACAAACUGAAAGUAGAAUCACCUGAACAACUGGAAGAAAACCAGUUUUCAGUAUGAAAAACCAAUGCAAAACCUGGUCAUUGCACACAUGGGGUCACUUUGUAAUAAUCUUUGUAAUAGUUUCCUUAAAAGUAGAGAUAUGGUCAUAUAUAUCUUUGCCAACUGUAUGUCACCUGUAAUGACUGGUUUUAAUAAAAGAGGCAAAAAGUAUUAUCAAA